AUGGCUGUGUUCCAGCAGUUCUGCCUCAACACGUCCCAGCACGGCUACAAGUACAUUGCUCUGCCCGACCGUGUCUUCGUGGAAAGAUUGCUGUGGGCGACGGCAGUGGCGGCAGCGCUGGUGACAUCUGUGAGCCUGGUGUGGCUGGCACUGCAGCAGCACAACUCGCGACCCACGCUAAUCGACAUCGAGACGUCGCACUACCCCGUGUGGAACUUCCCAUUUCCUGCUGUCACCAUCUGUCCCACAAACAAGGUGCACAAAGGCCAGCUGCGCAACCUCCUCAGCGAGUGGAGGAUCCCUAACGGCACGAGCCGGGAGCAGCUGCGGCGCGACGCAGCCUACGUGCCGGCGCUGCUGGGCAGGAUGGUGGGCACGCAGGGGGCGCUGGCCAGGCUCGCCGCCGCCGUCUCUGCCAACAACCUCACCGUCGCCGACUUCAUGCAAAAGGUAGCCCCGCAAUGCGAUCAGGUGGUGAUCAAGUGCCAGUUCAAAGGUCUCCAGCGACACUGCCAGAAGCUCUUCAAGACCGUGCUCACCGAAUGUGGCGUCUGCUGCAGCUUCAACUACAGGGCCGCCCGUUCCGCUAUGCAACAAAGAAACAGUGCAGACAAUCUAAACGACGUUGUCAGGAUGAGCGCUUGCGGGCGCCAAAUGGGCUUGUCCAUGCUGAUAAAAGACGACCGCAAUGAUUAUGUUACCACAACGGAGGCAUCACAUGGUGUUAAGGUGCUAGUGCACGACGCGCUGAACGUGCCGGCGGAGACGAGCGCGGCGUGGCUGGCGUCCCCCGGGCAGGAGGUGCUGCUGUCGCUGCAGCCGCAGCUGAUGUACGCGACGCAGGCCGCGCAGCUCGAGCGGCCGGGCCGCCGCGGCUGCCUGCUGCGCGAGGAGCGGCCGCUCGACUUGGAACGCGCCUACUCCAGCCACAACUGCCGCCACGACUGUCGCAACAACCGCACCUGGCAGCUCUGCGCCUGCCUGCCCUUCCACGUCUACGACACUGACACUGAGGAACUGGAGGCGGAGCAGGGUGAGAGCUGCAGCUGCGCCCCGGAAUGCUCCUCAGUGGAGUAUCUCGCCGAGGCGUCCACUGGCAUCCUGAGGGCCGCUCGCUACCCAGCUUCCGAUCACCUCAUGUGA